AUGUCGGAUAACAACAACAAUGAGGAAUCUGUGGCUCUUGAAGAGCGCUUCAAGUCCGCUCUGUGGCUCGCCAUCGGCAAGAUCGUCGACGAGGAGACUAUUGAAUUAGGCGUCAAUGCCACGCCUCAGUUUAUCGGAGCCUUGACGGAGAUGGUAUGGGCGCAGAUUGAAACUGUCAGUCAGGAUUUGGAGGCGUUUGCCAAACACGCUGGACGAUCGACAAUCAAUAUCAACGACGUGAUGCUUUUGGCGCGACGCAAUGAAGGUUUAGAAUCCAUUCUACGCGGGUUUGCUGAUCAGCAGAAGGAACUAGCCCGGCAACAGCAGGCGGGUGAAGCUGGCAGUGACUGA